UAUGGAGAAUAUUUUACCUCGAGAAGACGCAAAACCAAUGGUGUUUAAAGUCAAGGAUAAGACUCUUAAUUGGAAAGGUCUCCAGGCUGUUUCAGAGUCCCUCCCUGAUGCCUUGGUUAGCCAAGAUAACUCUUUGAGCAAAGCGGUGAAUAAUCUGACCUAUGCUCUGCUUCAGAAGGAGGAUAUUGAGAAGAUGGGCUGUCCCAGGACUAUCCAGUCUUUCAAGAUAUUCCAACUCUGCUUAGAGUACAUGAGUCAUACUCAGGAGUACCUCGAGAACAAGCUUUUAGAUUAUGAGGCUGAGAAAGUCUGUGCGGAUAAAGCAUUGGAUAAGUUCACCCGCAGUUGCGAAAUUAAUAAAUAAAGUAAUGAUCAGCACAAACAAAGAGAGCAUCCAGAAGAAGAAAUUUGUACUCAAGGAUUAUGAGCUCAUGUUCAAAGAACUCGGAAUUAUCCAGCAAGAGGUCAACCAAGUCAAAUUUUCUUGUGAUAUUUGUACCCAAGGGAUCAAGGCUGGACUCUCCAGUAGAAAAUCUAAAAAGAAAAAGCAUUAUAAGUCUCUUUAUGAUCUACAGAAGCAUUACUCUAAAAAACAUCCUGGUCACGACCUUGACUUGAAGAGAUAUACGGUGAAGAGGCUCGAUGGCCGAGUUGGCCAGGUUGAUCUCAGUGAAACUCAACUCUCCAAAUUGCUUCGAAGGGCUAGACCAUAUUUAGAUAAAAAGAAGAGAAUGUCCGAAAAACCUGUUUCUAAAUUAUCAAAAUUACUCCAAAGAGCGAAGCCAUUUCUCGACGCAAAGAAAGCCCAAAACCAGAAACCACAGAGCAAGCUAUCCCGUCUACUCCAAAGAGCGAGGCCAUUUUUGGAUGAAAUCAAGAGAAAAUCUGGCUUACAACCCCGAACCAAGGAAUCACACUCAAAAGGAGACUUGGCUAACUACGACUAUCGUAAAAAGUCCACACUACAACAGAAGAAAUACAAGGAGAUAUUCGAGAGUCUCGAAGACCACUCUGAGAUCCCCAUCUCCGAGUACAAAUCUGGGUUUGAAAAGCAGGACAUUAAUGAUCUCAAGAGCUUCUUUGGCGAUAAGUUGGAGCAAUAUGAGGAUAAGAUGCAGGAUAAAGUAAAAAAUACUUAUUUUGACAUCUAUGAGGAUACUAAGAGUAAGGCCACUGGGCCUAAGAAGUAG